AUGAUUGGUAACGACUCUUACCAUAUCUUAAUUGACUUGCUUCCAAUUACAAACUUGAAUUCAGAUUAUCGAUACUCAGAACUAAGUGUUACAGAUAUUGACAUCAAAUUGUCAACCAAUUUGAAAAUGACACCGGAAACAAUAGAACCCAUCAAAGCCAUGCUGAUUGGAAAGGGUGUCAUUAGACUCUACCGGGAAUUUGAACAUGAUGAUUCGUCAGGUGGACCCCACGAAAAGAGAAAGAUUACGACGAAUUCCGGUGACAACACCAUGGUUGCCAUUUUGGCGAUACCUACUUACUUUACCGCGACAGAUCUAUUGGGGUACAUAGGGGAGUCGUUUGUAUCUUUUAUUUCGCACAUCAGAAUCUUACGGAGUGACAAGCAAAAUCGAUUUAUGGUGUUGAUCAAGUUUCGAGAUAUUGUCAAGGCAGCCGAGUUUCAGUACCACUUUGAUGGAAAAAGUUUCAAUUCAAUGGAGCCUGAAACUUCGCAUGUUAUCUUUGUGAACUCUGUUCAAGUUCACUAUCAACAUCGUCCUGAGGGAAUGCAAUCAUUGAUCCCAUUUCUUCUUUCCGACCCUUUCACUUCGCCGGUGGAGAGUGAUGAACCGGACUUUGCCACAGAUGCGGAGGUUGCAACAUCCAACACUUUAAUUGAACUUCCAUCAUGUCCCGUGUGUCUUGAAAAGUUGGAUUCAACCAUAACUGGCUUACUCACCAUUCCUUGCCAACAUACGUUCCAUUGCCAGUGUCUAUCAAAAUGGCGAGAUGAUUCGUGUCCUGUUUGCAGAUACUCGCAUAACUUGACCAAUAUUACAAGCUUGAAUCAUGAUAGGAGGUUACAAAAUCUAAAUUUAAGAGAAUCGAUGUCCCAACAUGACAAUGAGCUGCUGGCCCCUGCGUCAGCAAACGAUGACAACGAAGUUUGCAUGGAUUGUCAGGUGAGGUCUAAUUUAUGGAUUUGCUUGAUUUGUGGAAAUGUAGGAUGCAGUAGGUAUGCGCCCGAGCAACACUCGUUAAAGCACUUUGUCACCACGGGUCAUUGUUUUGCUAUGGAAAUAAAUACAAGUAGGGUGUGGGAUUAUGCAGGUGACAACUACGUGCACCGAUUAGUAACAAAUGAAUCGGAUGGUAAAUUAGUCGAGCUACCAGAUAAAGGAGAUUCAAAGGAGUCAAAAUCUUAUAGGAAUAACGUUGAUAAGAUCGAUGCCGUUGGUUUUGAAUACUCCCAGUUGCUAAUAAGCCAACUUGCAAGUCAGCGUGAAUAUUAUCAGGAUCUUUUGGAUCAACAGGCAUUACAGCUUACAUCAUCGCUCAAAUCAAGAAAAGGCUCUACUGUCACAUCAACUUUGAAUCUGGAUACCAUUAAGGAGUUUCAGCUUGAAAUCGAAAAUUUAUCCAGUAAAAUAACGGAUCUCACAACAUCCGUCGUGCCGGCAUUGAAGGAGAAGAUUCAAAAUAAGGAGGAAAAGAUUCACAAUUUGAGCAAGCAGCUCAGCUCAACCAAUGCCUUAAACGAGGCCUUUUCAAGAAGAAUUGAGCAUGUAACCAAGGUCAAUGAUGAGCUAAGAAAUAACAUUGACGAUCUCAAAAAGCAAAAUAAGGAUCUAAGUGAGCAAGUGGCGGACCUAAUGUUUUACCUCGAUAGUCAGGAAAAACUUCAAAACGAGUCAGAUGAUGUCAAGCAAGGUACUGUGAUUGUUAAGCAAUCUUCAGCGUCAGCGAAAAAGAAGAAGAAAAAGAAAUGA